UUCCCAAAGAGCUUGCUUGGAGUCGACAUCGAGGUACCUACGCUGGUCUUGGUUGUACCUGACAUGCGCUCCACAUUGUCAUCAGUGCUUAUCGGCACAAAUACUUUGGAUGUUCUCUAUGAGAAGUAUGCAGAGAUUGCACCUCAGCGCUUUGAGUCCCUUCCUUAUGGUUACAAAGUUGUCUUAAAGACCCUUGAAAUCCGGAAAAAGCAGUCUGCUGAUUCCAGCCUGGGAGAGGUGAGGCUUCAUAGUAGAGACCUCGAGACCAUUUCAGCUGGACAGACCAAAGUCCUUCAAGGAUCAGUGAGCUGCAGAACAUUUGAUGUUGGAAAGUGGGUGAUGGUAGAGUCACCAAAGUCAUCGUCCCUGCCUGGCGGCAUUCUGGUGACGGAUAGUCUGGUAAGCCUACCACCAAAGCUAUCACGCUGCAUACCAGUCACGCUCAAAAAUGAGUCACAGCAUGAUAUCACCCUGUCCCCAAAGGCUGUGAUAGCAGAGAUACACGUUGUCAAGAGUGUUCAACCUGUCAAGACCCCUGACUCAGACUCUCUUACAAAACCUGACCAAAAACCAAAUCUCGACUUCGACUUUACUGAUUCUCCUGUACCCAACGAGUGGAAAGAGAGGAUAACUGAGAAAUUGAGCUCCAUGCCAGAGGUGUUUGCAAUGCACGAGCUUGACUUUGGCCGCACUGACAGAAUCAAACACCAUAUAACUCUCAGUGACGAGACACCAUUCAAACAUAGGCCAAGACCUAUACAUCCGCAGGACAUAGAGGCUGUGCGUACCCAUCUCCAGCAACUCCUUGAUGCAGAAGUCAUCCGUGAAUCAGAAUCACCUUUCUCCUCGCCGAUUGUAGUCGUCAGGAAAAAGGAUGGUGAUGUCAGACUCUCAGCUAAACUCGACGCCACGAGCUACAGAUGGUUGGCCGCUCUGUCGACAUUCGAUUUCCAGCUACAGUACAGAGCCGGUAAGCAGAAUCAGGACGCGGAUGGGCUGUCCAGACGUCCUCAUGGCAAAGUACCUGAUGACACAUCGUCACAAAAAGAGUUGGAGAGGAUACAACAAUUCACAAAAAGACACUUGUCAGAGGCUGAUUAUGCACACCUGAACGGAAGCACCAUCAAAGCCAUCUGUGAGAAGCACUUGGUCCAUGAAGUAAUCAGCAAUCACCCUGGGGAAACAUCACCCAGCACCACCUUGGUUGUGUCACUUGCCCACCAUCCAAAGGCUCUCCCUCAAAGCUUUGAAGAGGAGGAUCAGCUUGGUGGCUUACCUGUCAUCCCCCCGCUAUCACCAGCAGAACUAAGAGACAAACAAAAUGCUGAUCCCUGCAUUGGUGAAGUCCUCAGGCAAGUGGAGUCUGGAGAGAAACCCCCUCCAUCCUUGAGGAAAGAACUUCCUGAGCUUGGUCUCUUAUUGAGGGAGUGGAACAAACUGGAGGUUUCAAAUGGCGUUUUGUAUCGCAGGCGACAAGAGGGUGCUCAGACUCACUACCAGCUUGUACUUCCAGAAGCCCUGAGAUGCGUAGUCCUCAAGAGCCUCCACGAUGACAUGGGCCAUAUGGGCAUAGAGCGCACACUAGAUCUUGUCCGGAAGCGAUUCUAUUGGCCGAAAAUGUCAACUGAGGUGGAAAAUAAAGUCAGAACCUGCAACCGUUGCAUACGACGUAAGACCAUGCCCGAGAAAGCUGCACCACUCAUCAAUAUCGUGGCCACGAGACCACUCGAACUUGUGUGCAUGGAUUUUCUCAGUGUGGAGCCGGACUCAAGUAACACAAAAGACAUUCUGGUCAUCACCGACCAUUUUACGAAAUAUGCAGUGGCAGUCCCCACCCCGAAUCAGAAAGCCAGGACAGUGGCCAAGACCUUGUGGGACCACUUUUUCGUCCAUUAUGGCAUUCCCGAAAGACUCCACAGUGACCAAGGUCCCGACUUUAACUCCCGAACAAUAAAAGAACUGUGUGAUCUCAUCGGCACCAAAAAGAUAAGAACCACACCCUACCAUCCGAGAGGGAACCCUGUAGAACGUUUCAACAGGACCCUGCUCAACAUGUUGGGAACCCUUGAAAACCAGAAGAAGAGUCACUGGCGGGAGUAUGUCAAGCCGUUAGUACACGCUUAUAAUUGUACUAAGAACGAAACAACCGGCUUUAGCCCUUACGAGUUAAUGUUCGGGCGUCAACCAAGAUUGCCAGUUGACCUAGCCUUUGGCCUACCAGUCAAUCAUAAGCCAGGCUCUCACUCGCAAUAUGUCCACAACCUGAAAUCUCAACUUGAAGACAGUUACAGAGUAGCAACUGAGAAUGCUACAAAGACAGCCAAUCGCAACAAAGCAAGGUUUGACAAGCAUGUUGUUGACUCCACCUUGAAAGAAGGCGACAGAGUUCUAGUUCGAAAUGUCCGUCUCAGAGGCAAGCACAAGUUAGCUGAUAGGUGGGAGUCCGACGUGUAUGUUGUCCUGAGGCAGUCUGGAGAUGUCCCAGUGUAUGUUGUGAAACCUGAGACAAGGGAUGGUCCACAAAGAACUCUUCAUCGUGACCUCUUGCUGCCAUGUGGUUUCCUUCCUAUGACCCUGGUCGAAAGCGAAAUUAACCCGCCGAAGGCAGUAAGGCGACCAAGAACUCGACAACAUUCUAAAAAUAACACAUCAAAUGGAGCUGAUGGGGAUGAAUCCCAAUCUGAUUCUGAGGAAUACCACUAUCACAGAAACCUAAAAGUGGACACACUAGGUUUCAACCUGACUUCCGAACCUAUGGAAUACUUACCUGAAAGGAUUGAACCAGAACCUGACUUGACUACUGUUGAGCAAAAUCCUCCAGACGUAGCCAAAGCUUUCCCUGAGAAUUCUCCAGUAGAAACUUAUGACCUAGACUUACCUGAUCCUGAAGAGAAAGACUUA